AAGUAAUUAUACUGUAGAUAUAGUUAGUUAGUGUUUGAACAUUAAUUUAGUAGUUAAUUUAAAAGUUAAAACGGGAUAAUACGUUAGUAGUGAAUUAGAAAUACUAAGGACUUUUCUAUUCAGGAGCUAUGAGCUUAAGCCCAGAUGUACCUCAGGUACGGCUCUUGAAUAUUCAAGUCUAUAUUCACGGAUCCUGGCCGGAUAGCCCUGGCAGCUAAGGCCAUUCAAAUGAAGAGAAGAAGAAGAAACAAAAAUAUAACCUAAAUUAUUUCAAUCUUUUUAUUCACAAAUUUUUGAAAAUGGCUCUAUUUUUGAAACGAGCCUGUUCUCAAGUUAUUAGAUUUUCACAGUUAACAAACAGGAAUAUAGUUUUUAAAAACAUACCCGCCGUAUCACUAGUUUCCUCCGUACAUUAUUCGAACAAACCAACUCCUUAUGAAGUAGUAAACAAAGAUGAGGAAAAAAGUGUUACAAAAGAAAUCAUAAGUAAAGUUAAUAAUUUAGUAACAAACAAAUCUCACGGAAGGCUCUUUGCAGUAGUUCACGUAGCUGGCAAGCAGUUCAAGAUAACGGAUGGAGAUGUUAUAGUGAUAGAAGGUUACUGGCCACCAGACGUUGGAGACAAAAUAACUCUAGACAAGGUAUUGUUAGCUGGAUCUGCCGAUUUUACCCUAAUAGGAAGACCGAUUGUAGAAAAAGGGUUAGUAAAAGUAGAAGCCACUGUUAUAGAAAAAACUUUAUCACACACUAAAACACAUUUCCGAAAGAAGAGGAGGAAACAGUAUAUGAGAAUUCACUUCUAUAGAAUUCCUCAGACCUAUUUAAGAAUUAAUCAGAUUAGUAUUGAAGAUGAAGUUAAUAACCCAAAAGAAGUUAGAGGCUUAGAAACUGCUGUAUUUUAAUUUUAUAUGUUGCAAUAAAGGAUAAUUUGUUUUA